GAUAAGCUUAUGUUAAUACAAGGUUACGCUGUUUCGCAUGUGUUGGCCUCCCUCAAACAGGAUUAUUCCGUAUCCAUUCCACAAGAUAUCCCGCUAACAAAUAUGCGUCAGACCAUUGCCAAACGCUUAACCUUUUCCAAAUCUUCCAUCCCCCACACAUAUGUUCGGGGGGUUGCCUCGCUGGACCGCGUGAUGGCUUUGCGCAAAGAUCUCAAGUCUCGAACCGGUCUUAAGGUGUCUGUGAACGAUAUGAUUGUCAAGGCUUGUAUGGUACCAGAGAUGAAUGCUACAUUGCUGCAUAACACAGUGGAUAUUUCCAUGGCGGUCGCCACUCCGGCUGGUUUAAUAACGCCCAUUUUGCGUAAUGCGGACACCACUCCAAUCAGUGAGCUUUCAAAAAUGGCUGUGGCAUUGGCCAAAAAGGCUCGAGAUGGAAAGCUACAGCCGCAUGAAUUCCAAGGUGGCUCGUUCACCAUUUCCAACCUGGGCAUGUUUGGUAUCAGUGAAUUUACCGCUGUCAUCAAUCCACCACAAGUGGCUAUUGUAGCCGUCGGUACCGGACGUCCAAAAGCUGUCUCGUUCGAUGCUCAAAACCGCGUUUUAUUCUCCAAUCAUGUCACGCUCACACUCUCUGUUGAUUCUCGCUUUGUCAGCGAGGUUGUGGCCGGGCGGUUCUUGUCAAGAGUGUCUCAACUUCUGAGCGAACACCCCCAUCUUCUGUUAUCAGAUGAUCCAUUCCAACUUCAGUUUGAUCGCAGGGAAAACCUGCGAAAGCUUGUUCCAUCACGAACAGUGGACUGA